AUGUCAGAAAUUUAUCCCAAAAGAGUAACUUACUGUGAAGUUUGUUCAUUUCCACCAGAAUUUUGUGAAUAUGGAGCAUCAAUAAAUCAAUGUGUAACAUCCCUAAAACAAAAAAAUCCAGAAUUAUUUUCAAAAUUAUAUCCAAAUCAAUCAACUUCAACAACUGAUGAAAAAUCAAAUAUCCCAAUUGAAAAUUUAAAUAUUCAAGAUAAAGAUUUAUUAAAAAAGCAACAAAAAGAAGAAUUAAAACAACAAAAAGAAUUGGAAAAAAAGCAAAAUUCAAAAAUAAUAAUAAAAAGAAUAGAAAGAAAUAAAAAAAAACAUAUAAUUUCAAUUAUUGGAUUAGAAGUAUUUAAUAUAGAUUCGAAAAAAUUAUCAAAAACUUUUGCAUCAAAAUUUGCAACUGGAACAAGUGUUGUUAAAAAUUCUGAAAAAAAAGAUGAAAUUUUAAUUCAAGGUGAUGUUAGUGAUGAAGCUAAAGAAUAUAUUGAAUCGUUAUUAAAAAAGCAACCUGGUUUAGAAGAUGUUAAAGUUGAACAAAUUGAUGAUAAAAAAAAAGUUAAGAAAGCGAAUCCAAUUAUUGGAGCAAAAUAA